UAUAUUAUGAGUUUGUGGAGGGUUACAUUAAUUAGUUUCCUGUCAUUAAUUAGUUGCAGGUGUUUUAGUUGCAGUGAUUACACCGGCUGAUGUGUGACACACUGACCGUGAAGAAGAGGAGACUCCCGGCUGUCUCCGCCACACAGUCCGGGUCCGAACCCCCGCUCGGAUCCAGCAGAACCGGGUCACACUGCUGCAGCACUCUGGGAUCAGGAGUGUGUUGUACCUGCAGCAGGAUGCCCAACCCUCCCCCUCCCCCUCCACCAGGGGGGCCUCCACCUCCCCCCACCUUCAGCCAGGGUAAUGCCCCCUCCCCUCCCUGCUCCUCGUACAACAGAGAAAAGCCCCUCCCACCUACUCCUAACAACACCCCACCCCUCCCUUCCAAACCUCCCCCGUCUCCUAGCAACAAUAGACGCCCUCCCACCUCUGGAGGAAACCCMGCCUCCUCUUCCUCUUUGGCUCCGCCUCCUCCCCCGUACCGUAUCAACGGUCCGUYGGGUGGUGGCGAGGCGGCGCCGGAGCUGCCGCAGCGUCACAACUCCCUGAGCAACAAGAGACCCGCCCCCUCACCGGYAGGCCACACCCCCACCAGAGGCCCUGCCCCACCACCUCCACCUGCAUCACCCACACCUUCUCAACAGGGUGCCAACAGGCCGCCGCCCCCCGUCAGAGAGGCGCCAGGUAGAGGGGCAGCUCCUCCUGUUCCAGUUCAGUCGUCAUCAUUACGGGCAGGUGGCAGAGAAGCUCCGCCCCCUCCUCCUUACAGGACACAUGGUAGUCCCUCCCUCUCCUCUGACCCCCCCAGCAGAGGCAAACCUCCUCCCCCUCCCACUCGCACUCCUGCUGCUCCUCCCCCACCUCCCCCUCCUCUCCGCAACGGCCACUCCUCCUCCUCCAUCCCUCGCUCCUUCGUUGAUGACUUUGAGUCUAAAUAUUCGUUCCAUCCUCUGAACGACUUCCCUCCUCCAGACGAGUACAGACACUUCACUAAGAUCUACCCCAGCAAAGCUAACAGAGUGAUGAGAGGAGCUCCGCCCCUUCCUCCUGUGGGGAGGGAGUCUGGUGCUGAAAACAACAUGGCGGAAGUGAUCAAGCUGCCGGGGUCUGAGGACAGGAAACGGGCCAAGAAGAGAACCCGACCGGAGCCGGACACGUUCGACCCGGAGAAAGAGCAGCAGCUCCGGCAGCAGAACGUGAGGAGGCUGGCGGUUCUGGGGGAGGAGGACGGGUCCGUGAAACGGCUGGAGACCCUGGUGUUCGGGGCGGAGGAUGAGCUGCUGGAGAGGCUCGUGGAGGAGGAGGAAGAGGAGCAGACAGGAGGUCACCUGCUGGAGGAGGAGGAGCUGGAUCAGUCCGAGGAUGAAGAGGAGGCUCCUCCUCAUCAGGAGCUGCAGAACAGAAAGGCUGUCUGGGUGGACGAGGAUGAUGAGCAGGAGGAAGAGGUGGAUAUGAGGCAUCGUUACCGUCGAAAUCUGAUCAAAGGAGAAGCGGAGUCCUCCAUGAGCAAACAGAAACUUCAGCAGAGGAUGAGAGAUCAGUUCCAGAAGUCAAUGGGAGGGGCUCCAUCAUGGGCGGAGCCUAUCAACACAAAGAAGAAGAAGAAGAAGAAUGCAGUUGAUAAAAGGGAGGAUGAUGAUGAGGAGGAGGAUGAGGAGGAAGAUGAUCUGCUCCGAAGAACUGGGAACUUUGUGGCGUCUUCAGAAACUCUGCCCAGUGGCAUCUUAAAGAUGAAGAAGUGUCUUCACGCCAACAGCGCCCGUCCCUCAGAGGACCGCCUGACCUCGGUGCAGUUCCACCCCUCGGCUCAGGUGGUCCUGACGGCCGGACUGGACCGGUCCGUGUCCCUGUUCCAGGUCGACGGGAAGACCAACCCCAAGAUCCAGAGCAUCCACCUGGAGCGGUUCCCCGUCCACAAGGCCCGGUUCAGCCGGGACGGAGACACGGUGAUCGCCACGGGCCUGAAGCACAAGAUGUUCUACCUGUACGACAUGAUGGAGGGCCGGGUGGUGCCGGUCCACUCYGUCAGAGGUCUGAACGAGGCCCGGGUCAAAGAGUUCUGUGUGUGUCCUGAUGGGGGCGCUCUGCUGCUGACUGGAACCAACGGUUACCUGCACCUGCUCACCCUGAAGGUGAGACUCACCUGGAGAUGAUCCUCACUGUGUGGGCGUGUCCUUACCUGUGCGUGUGUGUGUGUGUGUGUGUGUGUGUGUGUGUGUGUGUGUGUGUGUGUGUGUGUGUGUGUGUGUGUGUGUAGAGGACGGCGAGGUGUUUGUGUGGGACGUGCGCAGCAGCAGGUGUGUCAGCAGGUUCACAGAUGACGGCUGCGUGAAGGGGACGUCCAUCGCC